AUGCUUGCGCUGUCUAUGCGGAGUAAAGACAAACUUCCACCAGCAUAUCCUGGUCAAGCGAAGCACUUGUUUCGUGGUAACGAUAAGAGUACAUCUGUACUUAGUUUUUUCGAGAUACGGCAGCGCGUGUAUGGCACGGGCGUAGGAGAUAGAGAACUGAAUGGCGGGCCCUCCCUCGCGGGGGCCCUGCCCGCUGCCUUGGGAACGGCCGCGCUGGUCCCACCUCUCGGUAUUGUCACAUCCGCUCCUCCCGGCGAUGCUGCAACGGACGUGUCAAGUGCCUCGAAGCUGAGUCAACACCAGCAACAGGAGCAGCAGGAGCAGGAGCAGGAACGAAGAGGAGGAGGAGAGCAUUCAGAUGUGAUCGGCGAUGCCGUGCUGUUACCCGGCAACCAGGAGGCAGACCUACUGCAACCCAACGAUACGUGUGGUGUCCAUGGAAUAACGUCGUCACCCCUGCGCUCCGCAGAGCAGGCGCGCACGUGCCCGGUGAACGGGAUCGCGCUCGGUGCGGCGGGGGAAGCAGGGGAGAGUGCGCUGGGAGUGGUAGGGGGAGAAGCGGAGAUCGCGCGUGGCGGAGGGGGCGGCGAUGGGGCUGCGUAUAUGGUGGAGAAAGCGCGGGCGGCGGAAGCGACGGGGGAUGCGGUAGAUGGAAGCACUUUUGCAGCGAUUGGUGGGGGAGGGGAUCCGCAGGACGGGAAGAAUGGAGGCGGAGAGGGAGGGGAAGGACACGCGGGUGGGAAGGAGAAUGCUGUCGGAAAUUUAGAGGGCGCAGUGGACGAGCGGAGAGGGACACCCGCGGAAGAGGCGCUGGGGGGAGGGAGCACGGCGGAGGGGGGACAGCUGGUCGGGGGGCAGCCGGAAGAGGGGGAAGGGUCAUGCAAUGCAGAGCAACGAGCGGUGGCGGAGGGGGAAUCGGGAGCGCUUAUACAAGGGGAAGGGCUGGGAGACGGAGAGAAGGAGGAGGCGGGGGCGAGAGAGAGUGGAGAAGGGGAGGGAGUGUUGGUAGGGGAAGGCGCGAAGGAAGCGUGCGAGAAUGGCGAGAGGGGCGAGAGGAAGGUGCGGUGGCUGGAUGACGAGGGGCAGACGUUGACAGACGUGCGAGAAUUCGAACCCAGUGAGUCAAGCAGUGAUGAUGACGACGAGCAUUACAAGGAGAGCAGCCAUAAAUGCAGCUGCAGCAUCCUAUAG